AAUAGUGUUUAAACAAAAUAUCUCUUCAACUUGUCUGCAAGCACUGUGCUCUUUUGUCGUAGAGCAUUUUACAGUACUAAAUAUUCAUGGAGACACGCAAAUAUUAUCGGCAUUUAAUUUAUUAAUAUGUUAAUAUAGUAUAUUAAUCAUUAGUUUAUUGUCUCUUAAUUGUUUCUCUCUCAGAUGACGUUUUGUAUCUCGCAAAGUUUAACUGUGGCAAUAAGCUGCUUCGCCAUUCUGGUCAAUUGCAGUCCAAAGUUUGAUGACGAAGGGUUUGUACCGAGCUCUAUCAGCUACAUGGACAAGCAGGCGAAGGUGCAGGAUCAGAUGGCCAUGCCAUCGACUCAGAUUAAACAGCACAACGAAGCGUCGAAACGCGAAUCCGAAACGAACGAUAUUGCGGAUCGCGGCCAGGAGGCGCGAUUUGGUUUCACCAAUAUCGGAGGCACAGGGAGCGGUUACGGGGUAUCGCCUUAUGCGCCAGCGAAGAUAGAUCUUGGCGGACUUCUCUUGGGAGCCAUCAUAGGCGUAGGAUCGAUUCUUAUCAUCCCAAAACUGCUCUACAUCCUGUCGGGUACUUAUGGCGCGUACGCGAGAAGUGAUGACAGCGGCUUCACCCAGACGUUGACGAGGAUCGACGACGUCCUGGCCCGUCACGGCAUCGAUACGACCUCGUGCAUGCAACGUGCGGUGUGCACCUACACGCAGCAGGCGACGGCCGCGACAGGCGAAGACGGAAACAAGAACGAGGACGAGAACGAGAGCGGAAACGAGAAGGGCGGACGGGCGACGUCCUUCGAGAAGAUGGUGAACGCGGUCACCACGAACCAGGUGUUCCGCACGGCUAUGCAGGGUACGGCGAUCGAGGAGGCGGUGAAGGCCGGUAGGAACGGCAGAAACUGCUCCAGAUCGUACCCGCAUUGCGGCUUCUCGAUGGAGACGAUGCUGUCGCUGUUGACUAACAUCAUUGCGACGGCAAACGCGCGCGUCCCGACGCCCACCGCCUCCUCAUCGUUAUAACACUUUGCUUACGUAAUUCUCGCCCUUCAAAGAGGGACGAUUAUAAUUUAAAUAGCAAAUUAAAUCGGGAAAGGAGCGCAUUAAAAAAAUUGAAGACAACUCGCUGUA